AUGGAAUUCAUCUAUGAUCUCGCCUUCAGACCUGACGGCUCUCAGCUCAUCGUCGCGGCUGGAAAUCGAGUUCUGGUGUAUGACACAGCUGAUGGCACACUGAUUCAGCCGCUGAAGGGACACAAAGACACUGUGUAUUGUGUGGCUUACGCUAAAGAUGGGAAGCGCUUUGCAUCCGGUUCAGCAGAUAAAAGCAUCAUCAUCUGGACCUCCAAACUGGAGGGCAUCCUCAAAUACACUCACAAUGAUUCAAUCCAGUGUGUGGCCUACAACCCCGUCACACACCAGCUGGCCUCGUGCUCCUCAGGAGACUUUGGUCUGUGGUCUCCAGAGCAGAAGUCUGUCUCCAAACAUAAAGUCAGCAGUAAGAUCACAUGCUGUGGGUGGACUAAUGACGGCCAGUACUUGGCUCUGGGAAUGAUGAAUGGAGUGGUGAGCAUCAGAAACAAGAACGGAGAGGAGAAGGUGAAGAUUGAGCGUCCGGGUGGCUCCUCAUCGCCCAUCUGGUCCAUUGCCUGGAACCCAUCUAAGUAAGAUCAUAACAUCACCCACUGAUGAUGCGAGCUGUGAUGAUUCAGCUAGAGAACAGCAGAUAUCAGUGCUUCCCACACACAGACUUUACUUGGGCGGCCACCAAGGUAUAUUCAAAGAAAUAUUUUUUCGAUUAUUAUUUUUAACAUCUUAAACUUUUUUUAACCGCCAAAAAUAAUGAAACCAUCUGCGAUCGAUGAACUAGUGGAAAUUCUCCGCUCGCCCUACCUGUUUGGGAUCUGCUCGUUCUGUGCGCGAGACCUGUUUCCCCCACUGAUAUUCACACAUGUGCUGCAGAGACAGACAGACAGACAGACAGACAGACACACACACAAACACACACA